GCUUCCUGAUUUCUGGGGUCGACUGAAGAUGGCGGCCGCCGAAAGGGGUUGGUGCUUGUGCGGGUUAUUGAGGUUUUUUUAUUCAUUAUUCUUCCCUGGGUUAAUUGUUUGUGGAACUUUAUGUUUGUGUUUGAUCAUUGUCCUUUGGGGAAUCAGAGUGCUGCUACAGAGAAAGAAAAACUCAGCAUCAACUGGAAAAAAUGGGAAAAAUCAAAUGGUGAUUGCAUUUUUUCAUCCGUACUGCAAUGCUGGCGGAGGAGGAGAAAGAGUUUUAUGGUGUGCAUUAAGGGCCCUGCAGAAAAAGUUUCCUGAAGCAGUUUAUGUUGUUUAUACUGGUGAUGUUAAUGUCAGCAGUCAAGAAAUACUACAAGGUGCUUCCAGAAGAUUUAACAUCACAUUAACUCACCCAGUGAAGUUUGUUUUCUUAAAGAAGCGCUACCUUGUGGAAGAUUCCCUCUAUCCUCACUUCACACUGCUGGGCCAAAGUCUAGGAUCCAUUUUUCUGGGCUGGGAAGCUCUGAUGCAGUGUGUUCCCAAUGUUUACAUCGAUUCAAUGGGCUACGCUUUCACACUCCCUCUGUUUAAGUAUUUAGGCGGUUGCCGAGUUGGAAGCUAUGUUCAUUAUCCCACUAUCAGCACUGACAUGCUCUCUGUGGUGAAGAAUCAAAAUGUUGGAUUUAAUAAUGCAGACUUCAUUACUAGGAAUCCUAUUCUCAGCAAAGUAAAGCUCAUCUACUACUAUUUAUUUGCUUUUGUUUAUGGACUUGUUGGUUCUUGCAGUGAUGUAGUGAUGGUCAAUUCUUCUUGGACUCUAAACCAUAUUCUCUCACUGUGGAAGGUCGGGCAUUGCACUAACAUUGUUUAUCCACCUUGUGACGUACAGACCUUUCUGGACAUUCCCUUACACAAGGAAAAAAUAACCCCAGGACACUUACUGGUGUCUAUUGGCCAGUUUAGGCCUGAAAAGAAUCAUUCUUUGCAGAUCAGAGCCUUUGCUAAAUUGCUGAAUAAGUUGGAGACUGAGUCACUUCCUUCACUUAAACUUGUCCUCAUUGGAGGCUGUCGUAACCAAAAUGAUGAACAUCGGGUAAACGAACUGAGAAGGCUUUCUGAGGAUCUAGGAAUUCAAGAAGAUGUGGAAUUUAAAAUAAAUAUUCCAUUUGAUGAAUUAAAGAAUUACUUGUCUGAAGCAACAAUUGGUCUGCAUACCAUGUGGAACGAGCAUUUUGGGAUUGGAAUUGUUGAGUGUAUGGCAGCUGGCACAGUUAUCCUUGCACAUAAUUCAGGGGGCCCGAAGCUUGACAUCGUCGUCCCUCACGAAGGAGAGGUAACUGGAUUUCUGGCUGACAGUGAAGAAGGCUAUGCUGAGACUAUGGCCCAUAUUCUUUCCAUGUCUGCAGAAAAGAGACUCCAAAUCAGAAACAGCGCUCGGGCAUCUGUCAGCCGAUUCUCUGAUCAGGAGUUUGAAGUGACAUUCCUGUUAUCUGUUGAGAAGUUAUUUAAAUAAUGCCAUCUCUGUACAAAUUAGAGAUAUUUUAUAUAAAAUGGCCAAAUACCUUCCUAUGUUAAGAUUUUUUCUAAACUCAUUCCCUGUUGUAUAAUAAUAAAGUCAGCCUAAGCAGUGCUCUCAGCAGUGUGUGUGUAAGCAAGGUAUUUAUGUCAAUGAACAAAGGCAGAACUACCUAAAUGGAAAACAUAAACUUAUAUAGUUUAAAUGUAAAAAUUUUAGAUUAGUGUUUGGUCUCAAAUUCUGAAAAAUAUAGAUAUGAAAGAAAAAAAAUGAACAAUCUUAAUUUCGGUGUAUUCCUAUCAACAAUUUUCAAAUCCUAUUUGUCAAAUCACUUUACUGUAGUAACCAGGAAAGAAUUUCCUUUUAGGAAAAAAAGGAAAUGUUGAAAGAAAAAUGGGUGACAGAUAAUUGAUCGGUCCUUUAGAAUUGUUUUGACAUUUUUAGAACACUGAAAAAUUCUGGUACAUUUACAUUUUAAAUGAUAUUGUAGAUGACCUUUUUGAAUAUGAUUUUCUUAAAAGAAAAGAGAAACUUUAAGCAGACUUAAUCACAUUCUAAAAGCAUGUAGUCAAAAGACGAACCGACGGUGACUGCUCUGGGUGUGAGUAGGCAUGUAGCAGCCAAGGCACUCCUGGUCAUCUUUUCCAUAACGAGGUACUUGUGAAAAUAGUUUUUGUUUAGUGCUGUCAGUACGUUUGUAUGGGGCUCUCAUUACGACUUAACAUUCCACAAUUCAGAGGUGGGAAGUCAGCUUUAAGUCAUCAGGGUGGCAGAGUAAGAACAUCUGUUGUUUUUCUGAUCGUGAUGACAUAAUAUACAGAUCCAUGCACAAGCUCUGUGGGAGCAUCACACAUUAUAAGACAACAUGGUGGUGUUUUGAAGAAAGCAUUGGCCUAGCAGAAUACCUGGGCCUGACAUCAGCUUCUUCAUUUACAAGCAUCUGACCUUUUGUCACUAAAAGCUUUUUCCUUCAUCUUUCUGAGUUUCAGAUUCAUCCUCUAUAAUCUGGACAUAGUAAUGCCUGUCCUCACUGGCUUUUGGAGUUCUCAUACUAACAUGGAAAGUAUAUGGAAGUACUUUGAAAAUUAUAAAAGUUACUUUUAUGGUAACAGUAUAUGUAAACGUCUUCUGUAAUCGAAUCUUUAUCAGUGCAUUACAACCCUAUGUAGAUUCUUGGUUACUAAGCCAGUAGCUAGGAACCAGUAUAAUUUAACAGGACUUUAAUCCUGAAUCACUAGCAUGGAAAAGUGAAUUUAUGCAUAUGCAGAUAUGGCUAUGGAGACCUACAACUUUUGGCAUACAUAGUCAAUUCCUUCUAACUCAAUGAAUUGACCUCCUUCCCAAUCUGAUACAUUUUUGUGUUGGGGCCUGUUAAAGAGGUAUGUUUUUCCUUUUCAAUCUCCUCUCAUCCAUUCAUCCAUCUAGCCAGCUUCAUUAUCUACUCCCAAUUACAUUGUUGAUUUAUCUGCAGGCUGUCUACUGUCAUCAGAUCAAAAAGCAGCAAAACAGAGUCCCAGGAUGUUCUGAUACACCCACCAACACAGCUUUGUAUCGGAGAUCAUUCAAUUUAGAAAGAAAGACUGGUGGAAAUUGGAGAUGGAAGGAAUGCUACAAAUUCUAUAGUCCAGUUUUAUUCUCAACUUUACAGAAAAGAACAGUUUAAAGAACUUAGACUCCUUCAGUAUCACAAAGCUGUUGAAGGACACAAUCUGUAUUAUAACCUUGGUGUUCUGACUCCAGCCCUGUGCUUUUCCUUAAUCUUACAGCUAGUCUUUGAGGUAGGAUUUACACCAUUGUCCACGUAGCCUGUCCUACCUAAAGAAAGUCAUGGGACCCAAGAUAAAGAAAUUGAAAUGGAGCAGAAGUAGAGGAUGUAGUAAGAAAGAAAGGAUUCUGAAAGUCCAUAAAACAUUUAAGCUGUUUCUUCAAAAUAAUUUUCAUUUAUCACAAACAUCUCAUUGGAAAGUGUAAUUUGCAUAUAUGUUUACUUUUACUGUUCCUAAUGUAUUAUAAUAUAUGUUUUUGUUUUUCUGAGUGAUAGCCAUGAAAAGUGUUAAAAUAAUAUGUCAGCAACAAUCUGGAGAAAUGCUGUGAUUAUUAAUUCCUAAUGUUGCUUUUGAGUGUCCACAGCAGUAGUACAUUUCCAUUCUUUUUCCAGUCAUGCAUGUUUUUUGUAUAGCAAUCUAUCUGUAUCUAAACAUGAUUUAGAUUUAAGAUACAAAAUCAUUAUUUGUAUCUAAAUAUGAUCUAAAGAAAUGAUUUUCAUUACCUUGGAUACUUUUCACAGUAUGGUGCCUUUAUACCCCUCAUGUAGUCUCCCAAUUGUGAAUUUAUUAUCUACUACCAAUAUUUCAAGCUUCACAUGCCAAGACAUUUUUUUAAAAGAAAAACAAUUUUGAAACACAACAAAAUCUUCUUGCUUUUCAUGCCCAAGAAGAAUAAAUAGGUUUUCUUGGUUCAACACUAUAUCAAUGUGCAAAUUUUGUUUUAUUUUUAUUAUAGAGCAGAUAAUUUCAUUCAGAAUUCUAUCACUUAGAAGUAGAACAACCCUGUCCUUCAUAGUAGCAGAUAAAUCAGCAAUAUCUAUUAAGAUCCAGGCACAUGUUCAACAGUGGGAUUGUUAUAAUCAAUACACAAAAAGCCUAGUUUCCUGACUCAAAGAGCUUACAGUCUUAAUAAGGAAAUUGUAUUAUCAUUUAUUCAUUUAAGAAACAUUUCUGGCACUGUGUUAAGCAUUACAUAUAAAAAGACCAUCAUAAGAGUUUAUAACCUAUACAUUUGAAACUACCAGAAAAUAAUUCAAUAAAACAUAAUAAGGUGA